AUGGACACUAUAUUCUCGCUGGCGGCGGUGCCCCGUGCGCACGUCCUGGAGCGCGCGGCGGCGCGCGUCCCCGGCUGCCUCUACCUCUGCCUAUGGGCGCCGGUGACCGCCCAGCCCUCAUCCAGCCAUUUGUUCUGCUUGGACGCGUGGAUCGGCGGCGGCGGCGGUGAUCGCGCACGGGCGACGUUCGAGGCAUACCGCGGAGCGCUCUGCGCCGUCGUAAGCGGAUGUGUGCCCGGGUGGGCGUACAAGGAGGGCCGCGCGUACGUCGAGCUGCCGGAGCCGGCCCUGACGGCGUCGGCGUCGCUGCAGGUGCAGCAGCAAUUCUACCAUGAAGCCGGCACGAAGAUGGCGGUGUUCAUGGGAUGCGAGAGCGGGGAGAUCGAGGUCGGGCUGUCGACUACAUCGGUGCCAGCGGGCACAAUGGCGGACCACGUGCAGCAGGCGCUCCUGGAGGAGAUCCUCGAGCUGCCGCCGGCACGUCCCUCGUCCUCGUCCUCCUCCAUGCCGUCACUCUCGAUCGGGAGCCCGGAGUACUCCUCUCUAAUCCGCUCAAUGGCGACAUCGGUCGCUGCAGCGGGCGAGCCGUCGGCCCAGUCACUGAUGCUAGCGUCUCCGCUGCCCGGCUUGCUCGCGCCAGUCUACGACCGGCACGGGUUCCCGACCGCAGAACCAUACGACGCCGCCGCAAUGGCGGAGGCAAUGCUCGCGCUCAUCUCCUCCUCCGACGCGUCUACCACCUCCACGCCUCCGCCACCUCCGAGCUACUCCACGCCCUCGUGGCUGGCGCGCCACCGCUCGUCGCCGCGGCGGACGACGGCGUUCAAGGCGUACAGCGCGGCGAGAGCACCGAGGGCGCGGCCGCGGCCAGGCGCGCCCGGGCAGAGGAUGAUCAAGACGUGCGUCUCACUCCUCGCGAGCGUGCACAUGGCAAUGCGCAGCCGGGAGCUCGGCGUGGCGACCCACGAGGACGGCAGAGCGCAGCCACCGCCGGCAUCCGCCAGCAGCCAGCUGCACCACAUGAUCUCGGAGCGGCGCCGGCGCGAGCGGCUCAACGACAGCUUCCAGAGCCUCAGGGCGCUGCUCCCUCCCGGGUGCAAGAAAGACAAGGCCAACGUUCUCGCCAGCACGACGGAGUACAUGGCCAAGCUGAUAUCCCAGGUGACCCAGCUCCAAGAGCAGAACCGGCAGCUCGAAGCGCAGCUUGGCCUGAACCCAGCCGUGAUCGACGACGGCUCCUCGGAGAAAAUAGAGGUGGAGGUGACCACCGGUGCAUCGACGUCGACAUCGUCGGCGUCCAAUCAGCCCCGAGAGGUGAGCGUGCGGGUGACAGUGCGGGCGGAGUGCGACAUUUCAGAGGUGCUGAUCUCGCUGCUCGCCCGGCUCAAGGAGACAGGGAGUUUCGCCGUUGUCUCGGUGGACGCCAGACAACAGAGCGGUGCGCUUGCACGGGCCAGCCUCACAUUGCGAGUCAUGGAGGCUGGCUACGUGGUGGACGAGACAUGGCUGAAGGAAGCUCUCACGAAGGUGGUCGAGGACGCCACAACGGCGACGGCGGCGGCGCCAGGGUCGCCGUAG